AAAGAUACUUUCCUGUUUGGACGGCGUUGGUCGGAACUAUGACGACUCCGCGCACCCGCAAACCUCUUCAAAAAGAAUAUCCUUCCGCCACCUCUACUAAAACUCGUGUAGAUACCGAUGCUAUUAUAACACCCCACCGUUCUAAAUCUGCUCGCCCCUUAGCCAGUGAAUUGAGUCAAACUCCUGGCUCUCGCUCUCGACCUUUGAUAGAGAAAACGAACACAGCUGACUCUGGAAAGAAGAAUGACUCUAGGAAAAGACGGUCUUCGAGGGGAAAGUUUACACUUGCUGAUGAAUUGUCUUUAGCCGAGGAAAGAAGCGAUGCCAAAAGACGGAAGACGUAUGCUCUAGGAGCUGAGGACGAAAAUGAAGAAGACAAUCUACACGCCAGUCAUUUUAAUCUUGAUCUAUUAAGAGAGAAGACGAUAGAACAACAGGAGGCUCUCGAUCACAAAAAGCAGGAAAUUAUAAAAUAUACUAAGAUGAUUGAGUCAUUACAGGCUGAGAAAGAAAAGCUUACUAUUGCAGUAAAAAGGAUUAAACAAGAAUUUGAUAAGAUGAAAUACAGGGCGUCAGCAUAUAAAGACGGCCUCCAGGGACAUAUGUACAACGAUAAUGCAUCCUCCAUUACUCAAUUGUUAAAGGCUGUGGAGAAGUGUUGCGGGAGUUCAGUGAGGGAUUUGUUGAUAGAAGAAAAGAUUCCAAUUGAGAAAGUUGAAACAGUAUAUGAUUGGCUAGAGGAAAAGGGAUUCUUAAACGAAUAUAUGCUCAGUGAAUUUCGAGUGGCUGAAUGCGUGACAACAAUGGAUUUGAGCCAUACGUUUAACAACAUAGUGAAAGAAAACGAACUUACUCUUCGCAUGACUCAGCCCAGCUACACACUGUAUGAUCUUGAGAAUCGAAACCGUUAUAGUGCAGCUGCGGUAGUGUCAGUGCUUGCUCGACCCAACAGCUUUUCUGAUUUACGGGUUUUGCGGCUCAGUGGAGCGUUAAUUGAUGCCCGAUACCUGAGUGUCUUGAGAGAUUUGGUAUCAUUGGAGGAAUUAUACAUUGAUCGGACUGGAAUGAUAGACGAAGGAAUGGCACAUUUAGUCAUUCUUAAGAAGUCGCUGAAAGUACUGGACAUAUCAAAGAAUCAAUUUAUUACCGAUCGUUCUUUCGAUAAUUUGAUAUAUUUGAGUGAGCUUGAGGUAUUACAUCUGGAUGAGACAGGAGUGACGUUAGAUGGACUGCGAAAGUUCGUGAGAGAUUCCUACAGUCAGAACCUAACUCAGUUGACUAUUCAUCGUGAUUUGAGAAGUGCAUUGCGGAGACGGGGGGAAUUGUAUUGCAUUCCAUCACAGCCUAAUAUGAUUGAAGACCCAGAAAUAACCUUUAAUAUGAGCAUUUAUCAGUUACGUAGACAGCUUUCAUUCCACGCGAAAAUCAAUUCCAAGAUAUUGAUGGUUGGGACACGGGAGCAACUGGCCAAACAAUUGCACGACAUAUUAGAACGAAGAAAUCAAGAUAAUCAUAUUUGGACACUCUGUGGCGGUCGUUGA